AUGGAUUGCUUUUUUCUUCUGAUAUGGACUUUACCCAUCCCGCUGGUCGGCUGCACCUCAGUCAAGCUCCUCUCCACUCUCUUGUCCUGGAAUAUUAUCAAGACUCUGCACAUUUACUGCUCACACUCCUCCCACACCGUUUCGGCCAGCUAUUCUUCCAGCAGCAGCCACGGAUUAAAUCAUGACUAUGUGUUUGUAACCCCGGUGGAGGUGGACGCUGAGGGAGGAUACCUGACCCAUGAUGUGACCCGACGAGGCCAUCGCAGCAAGAGGUCCCUCUCUUCGUCUUUGCACUACCGGCUCUCUGCCUUCGGGCGAGACAUGCACCUUGACCUGCGUCCGUCCUCUGUGGUCGGCCCAGGGUUCACUGUGCAGACUCUGGGCUCGGAUGGAGUCGCCAAGGUGAUCGAAGAUGCGGGGUUUGACAACUGCCUGUAUCAGGGAUUUAUCCGCAACCUGUCGGCCUCCUCAGCAGCCAUAUCGACCUGUUCAGGGCUGUCAGGUUUGAUCCGUGUGUCUCAGGAGGAGUAUUUGAUUGCACCGCUACCACAGCACCUGGCCACGCAACACAACUACAGUGCCCCCGAUAGUCACCACCCGCAUGUAGUCUACAAACGCUCAGCGGAACACAUUGUCCACAGCAGAUCUGGCAACCCAUCUAGCCACAGUUCUUCCACACUUGUCAACCCAUAUCUCCAUCAUCAUCAUCAUCAUCAGCAACAGCAGCAUCACCAUGACUACCAACAUGGAAAGCUACAGAGGCAACACUACUGCGGACGCCGCAAGCAAUACGCUCCCAAGCCUCCUGCUGAGGACAGUUUCACCAUGCCGGAUGAGUUUGCGAUGCCCGAGGCAGAAGGGCCAGGAAGGGCAAAGAGAUCGCCCAUCAACUCCAACAGGGUGGGAGGUCUGAAUGUGGAGACCCUGGUGGUGGCAGACAGGAAGAUGUUGGAGAAACACGGCAGAGACAACGUCACCACCUAUGUCCUCACCGUCAUGAAUAUGGUCUCCAGUCUUUUCAAAGAUGGCACCAUUGGGACGGACAUCAACAUAGUGGUGGUUAGCCUGCUACUGCUGGAACAGGAUCCUCUGGGCUUGACUAUAAAUCACCAUGCAGACCAGUCCCUCAAUAGUUUCUGUCAGUGGCAGUCAGGUUUGGUGGGGAAAGGUGGUAAACGGCACGACCAUGCUGUUCUUCUCACCGGGCUAGACAUCUGCUCCUGGAAGAACGAACCCUGUGACACGCUGGGUUUUGCUCCCAUCAGCGGCAUGUGCAGUAAAUACAGGAGUUGUACCAUCAAUGAGGACACAGGACUGGGUUUGGCUUUCACCAUCGCUCAUGAGUCUGGACACAAUUUUGGAAUGAUUCAUGAUGGGGAGGGGAACCCUUGUCGCAAAACAGAGGGCAACAUAAUGUCUCCCACUCUGGCUGGAAACAACGGGGUCUUCUCCUGGUCCACCUGCAGUCGUCAGUACCUCAGCCGCUUCCUUGGAACAGCCCAGGCAUCCUGCCUGGUGGACGAGCCCAAGCAGAUCGGUCAGUACAAGUACCCCGAACAGCUUCCUGGGCAGCUGUACGACGCAGACACACAGUGCAAGUGGCAGUUUGGCUCCAAAGCCAAACUGUGCAGCCUUGAUUUUGUCAAGGACAUCUGCAAGUCGCUGUGGUGUCACCGCACAGGUCACCGGUGUGAGACCAAGUUCAUGCCCGCUGCAGAAGGCACCAACUGUGGUCCUGACAUGUGGUGUCGGAGGGGUCAGUGUGUUAAAUAUGGGGAGCACGGUCCCAGAGCUGUCCACGGCCAGUGGUCAGCCUGGUCCCAAUGGUCCGAUUGCUCCAGAACCUGCGGAGGAGGGGUCAUGCACAGGGAGCGCUCCUGCACCAGCCCGAGGCCACAGAACAAUGGUAAAUUUUGCUCGGGCUCCAGCCGUCUCAACCAGCUGUGCAAUAACAGGCCGUGCCCCCUCAAUGCAGUGGACUUCAGGGCCCAGCAAUGUGCUGAGUACAACAGCAAGCCCUUCCGAGGAUGGUACUACAAGUGGAAGCCCUACACCAAAGUGGACGAUGAAGACAUCUGUAAGUUGUACUGCAUUGCAGAGGACUUUGACUUCUUCUUCGCCAUGUCCAGCAAGGUCAAAGAUGGCACCUCUUGCUCUGACCACAAAGGAGACAUCUGCAUUGACGGAGUGUGCGAGACUGUGGGCUGUGACCAGAUUCUGGGUUCUAAGGCCUCUCUGGAUGCCUGUGGAGUCUGUAAGGGAGACAACUCUACUUGCAAGUUCUUCAAGGGACAAUACUCCCUUCAGCACAGGGCUAACGAGUAUUACUCCAUGGUAACAGUCCCAGUUGGUGCACGUAGCAUUCGCGUUCAAGAAAUGGAGGUCUCCACCAGCUACCUGGCAGUUCGCUCCUUGAAGAGGAAGUACUACCUGACUGGGGACUGGACAGUGGACUGGCCGGGGAAGUUUCACUUUGGUGGGACUGUGUUCGACUACCAGCGUUCUUUCAACAAGCCGGAGAGCCUGUAUGCCGCUGGACCUACUAAUGAGACGCUGGUGUUUGAAAUCCUCCUGCAGGGAAAGAACCCGGGUGUGGUGUGGGAGUACACGCUGCCUCGCACUGAGAGGAAACCCGACUACAGCUGGGGUGUGGUGCGAUCUGACUGCUCUGCUCCAUGUGCUGGAGGUCGUAUUUCCACUAAGGCUAUCUGUCUGCAGGACCAGAAGUUGCAGGUCAACUCCACCAUGUGUAAUCCCCACACCAGACCAACGCUGGGCUCCCAUCUCUGCAACACUCAGCCCUGCCCUGCAUAUUGGGCGACAGGAGACUGGGGGUCUUGCAGCCGGACGUGUGGAGGAGGUCAGCAGACGAGGACGCUGCGCUGCCUGAGGAAGGUGACCUACCAGAGGGAAGAGGUGGUGGCGCACUCCCUCUGUCCCGUCAUCUCUCCAGCUCAGGUCCAGCCCUGCCACACCCAGGCCUGCCCUCCCGAGUGGAGCACCGGAUCCUGGUCACAGUGCUCGAAGACCUGUGGCCGUGGAAUGAGGAAGCGAAGCGUGUUUUGCCGCAGCACUGAUCCCGGGGCCAAAGCUGUGGUGGUGCCCGACAGCAUGUGUAGACAGCACCACAAACCCAAAGCCCAAGAGACCUGCGUCCUGCGGCGCUGUCCCAAGAACGAAAGGCUGCAGUGGAUCCCCACUUCCUGGGGAGAGUGCUCCAGGUCUUGUGGCUCAGGCAUCCAGAAGAGAGAGCUUCGCUGCGGGGAGAGAGACUUACAGGGAGGGUAUGUGGAGUUCCCUAUACGGAGGUGCAGGAAUAUGGCCAAACCUUUGGUGGACCUCCAGCAGUCCUGCAACCAAAGUCCGUGUGUGGAGGUCCCCCGAGUCCUCCCUGGUCGGACCACCUCUAACGCCGUGGUCUUAGGCUGGUACUCGUCUCCUUGGCAACAGUGCUCCGUGUCCUGUGGCGGAGGGGUCCAGACUCGGUCCAUCCAGUGUCUCCGGCAAGGUCGCCCUGCAGCUGGCUGCCUGCCCCACCAUAGGCCCGUCACCUCCAGGGCGUGCAAUACACACUUCUGCCCCGCUGCUCCUCCGGCUCUAGCACCACACCCCGGCCGGGUCACAGCUGCUGGGCCUACAGCGAAAGGUGAACAAUGUGUGGAUCAUUUCAGCUGGUGCCACUUGGUUCCCCAGCACGGCGUUUGUAACCACAAGUUCUAUGGACAGCAGUGCUGCAAGUCGUGCUCCAGCAAGAGGCCAUAG